AUGAGCUUCAACAAGCUCAUAGUGUGGAAUGUGCCACUACUCUUUGUGGUGGUGUUUGCAUGUUCACUGAUUGGUCAUACUUCAGCUUCUGUGUCCUAUGACCAUAAAGCUAUCACCAUCAAUGGACAAAGAAGGAUACUGCUUUCUGGCUCUAUUCACUACCCCAGAAGCACCCCUGAGAUGUGGCCAGAUCUUAUUCAGAAGGCAAAGGAAGGAGGUUUGGAUGUGAUUGAAACUUAUGUUUUCUGGAAUGGACAUGAACCUUCACCUGGCAAAUAUUAUUUUGGGGGAAACUAUGAUCUGGUGAGGUUCAUAAAGCUUGUGCAGCAAGCAGGCCUCUAUGUUAACCUCAGAAUUGGUCCUUAUGUUUGUGCUGAAUGGAACUUCGGAGGUUUCCCUGUUUGGCUCAAGUACAUUCCAGGUAUCAGCUUCAGAACAGACAAUGAACCGUUUAAGUUUCAAAUGGAAAAAUUUACCAAGAAGAUUGUGGAUAUGAUGAAAGCAGAAAGGUUAUUCGAGUCUCAAGGUGGUCCGAUAAUUCUAUCUCAGAUUGAAAAUGAAUAUGGACCUAUGGAGUAUGAACUUGGUGCUCCUGGUAGAGCUUACACUCAAUGGGCAGCACAUAUGGCUGUAGGCCUUGGCACUGGGGUUCCAUGGAUCAUGUGCAAGCAAGAUGAUGCUCCUGAUCCUAUUAUUAACACUUGCAACGGCUUCUAUUGUGAUUAUUUCUCUCCAAAUAAGGCUUCCAAACCAAAGAUGUGGACAGAAGCUUGGACUGGCUGGUUUACUGAAUUUGGCGGAGCAGUUCCUCACAGACCUGCUGAGGACUUGGCAUUUUCAAUUGCAAGGUUUAUACAGAAAGGGGGAUCAUUUGUCAAUUACUAUAUGUAUCAUGGGGGGACAAAUUUUGGUCGAACUGCUGGUGGUCCCUUUAUUGCCACGAGCUAUGAUUAUGAUGCGCCUCUUGAUGAGUAUGGAUUGCCCAGAGAACCAAAGUGGGGUCAUCUGAAGGAUUUACAUAGAGCUAUAAAACUCUGUGAACCUGCAUUAGUAUCUGGAGAUCCUACUGUACAAAAACUUGGAAACUAUGAGGAGGCUCAUGUUUUUAGAUCAAAUUCUGGAGCUUGUGCUGCAUUCCUUGCAAACUAUAAUCCACAAUCCUAUGCAACAGUGGCAUUUGGAAAUCAGCAUUACAACUUGCCCCCUUGGUCUAUAAGCAUUCUUCCCAACUGCAAGCACACUGUUUAUAACACUGCAAGGGUUGGUUCUCAGAGCACAACAAUGAAAAUGAGUCGUGUUCCUAUUCAUGGAGGACUAUCUUGGAAAGCGUUUAAUGAAGAAACAACCACUACUGGUGAUAGUUCCUUCACUGUGACUGGCCUAUUGGAGCAGAUAAAUGCAACCAGAGAUUUGUCUGAUUACUUGUGGUACUCCACAGAUGUUGUGAUCGAUCCCAAUGAAGGAUUUUUGAGGAACGGAAAGAAUCCUUUUCUUACAGUUUUUUCUGCUGGGCAUGCUUUGCAUGUUUUUAUCAACAAUCAGCUGGCAGGAACUGCAUACGGAAGCUUAGAGGCCCCCAAACUAACCUUUAGUGAAAGUGUGAAGCUCAGAGCUGGUGUUAACAAAAUCUCCCUUCUAAGUGUUGCAGUUGGGCUUCCGAAUGUUGGUCCACAUUUUGAAAGAUGGAAUGCUGGUGUGCUCGGCCCAAUUUCAUUGAGUGGUCUCAAUGAGGGGAGGAGAGACUUAACUUGGCAAAAGUGGUCAUACAAGGUUGGUCUUAAAGGUGAAGCCUUGAAUCUACAUUCUCUUAGUGGAAGUUCCUCUGUUGAGUGGCUUCAGGGGUAUUUAGUUUCUAGAAGACAGCCAUUGACAUGGUACAAAACUACCUUUGAUGCCCCAUCUGGAGUUGCACCAUUGGCUUUAGACAUGGCCAGCAUGGGUAAAGGUCAAGUGUGGAUAAAUGGACAAAGUCUGGGUCGCUACUGGCCUGCUUACAAAGCAUCUGGUUCUUGUGGUUACUGUAACUAUGUAGGAACUUACAAUGAGAAAAAAUGUGCAAGUAACUGUGGCGAGGCUUCACAACGAUGGUAUCAUGUUCCUCAUUCUUGGCUGAAGCCAACAGGAAAUUUAUUGGUUGUGUUUGAGGAAUUGGGUGGGGAUCCGAACGGAAUCUUUUUGGUUAGAAGGGAUAUUGACAGUGUAUGUGCUGAUAUCUAUGAGUGGCAGCCAAAUCUAGUAAGUUAUGAGAUGCAAGCUUCUGGCAAAGUCAGAAGUCCUGUGAGACCAAAAGCUCAUUUGUCAUGUGGUCCUGGACAAAAAAUUUCAUCAAUCAAGUUUGCCAGCUUUGGCACUCCGGUAGGAUCUUGUGGAAGCUACCGUGAAGGGAGUUGUCAUGCUCACAAGUCAUAUGAUGCUUUCCAAAAGAAUUGUGUUGGGCAAAGCUGGUGCACAGUGACAGUGUCUCCAGAAAUUUUUGGAGGAGAUCCAUGUCCAAGUGUCAUGAAGAAGCUCUCAGUGGAGGCCAUUUGCACCUGA